AUGAAUAGGAGUGAACUGAAGCCUUUCAAGGUCGCCCAUCACCAGGCGCUCAGAGUGAACGACCCUGCUCGUCGUGUCACUAUGUGCGAGUGGUUUGUUAUAAGGAUCCAAAAUGUCGCUAAUCCUGGUGAGGACAUUUUUGUCCGUGUCAUCCUAUUCUCGGAUGAGUGCACCUUUCAGAGCAACGGAACGACCAACAGGCACAAUGCCCAUCAUUGGUCAUCCCGACAUAACAAUCCCCAUUGUUUUCAGGAUAACCAGAGACAGGGGCAUUUUUUUGUGAGAGUGUGGGCAGGACUUGUCGAUGACUUCGUGGUUGGUCCUUACAUUUGGCCAAACAAUGUCACCGUGACAACUGAAGAAUAUUCCGACUUCUUGGACCACGAAUUGCCACAAAUGUUGGACGAUUUACCCUUGCAAGUUCGAGCAGAAACGUGGUUCCAACAGGACGGGCAUCCUGCCCACACCUCUCUUGCGGCUCGUGCCAUUCUCAACAGGGAAUACCCGAACAAGAAAUGUAAAUUAUUUCUGAUUUCUAGAAACACAUCGAGAUCUUUCUUCACAUCACCUAAACUUUUAACAUCAGCCACUAGACUGAGCCUAGUGGACCUUCUGGUUCCUGCAUUCUCUGAUCCUGAUGUUGCACGGAGAAAAAUGGUUGGUCGGGUCGACCCGCAAGCUGGUUCCCCCAACCAUCUUUGA